AUGGAUGUGGACGAAAGUCUUAAGAUUGUGGGCCUUAGUGGACGUGUGCAGAACACCAACUUUGUCAUCUUUGGUCUGGGCCUGACUCUGGCGGCCAUACAACUCACCUGCGUGGCCUUCACGAUCAACCAAUCAGUGGAGCACUACUGUAAGCCGCCGCCGGGCUUUUCAGCCAAUGAAACCACGCCUUUUAUCGUCAAAGACGGUCGCCAUGUUCCCGACAGUUGUCAUAUGUACAGAGUCCUGAACGGGACACUGACGGAGAACACGACGACCUGCCAGCAUGGUUGGGAAUACCGUGCUUACGAUACUUACGGAGAAAAAAGCUACGUGACGGAUCUGGACCUUGUCUGCGACCGGGGCUAUCUGGCCAAUCUACUAAUGUCCAUUCACUUCGCCGGCGUGCUGGUGGGUGGUUUCGUGACAGGUCAGGCCGGGGACAUGUUGGGCCGACGCCCGGUCAGCAUGGUCACGUUGCUGCUCAUCAGCGUGUUUGGUACGGCCGUCAGCUUCACGUGGAACCUGGAGCUCAUGAUGGCCCUCAGGUUCCUCUUGGGGGCGGCAUUACCGGGAAAUUCUUUGGUCGGUUACGUCCUUGUGGUCGAGAUGUUUACUCCCAAGAAGCGACUGCUGGGUCACGUACUAAUCCAGCAUUUCUUCAGUCUUGGCGUAAUGCUCGUGGCACCGUUGGCCUACUUGAUGCCGGAUUGGCGUCUCUUCCAACUCGUCACGUCGCUGAUGUGCCUGCCUGUCGUCCUGAUCAUGUGGUUCUUCACCUACGAGUCCCUUCGAUGGCUAGUCCAGAAAGGACGGUUGGAGCAGGCAGAGGCCAUCCUUCAAAAAAUCGCCAAAUCCAAGAAUCUCCGGCACGAAGGGCCGUUCCUAUUGAGCCGGAAAAGAAAACCUUCGCACCCAGUCUACACGAUCGAACUGUCUGACACAUCGGAUAACGGCCCGGGAAAAGACCGCAAUGAGUCGAUAUCACCUGCAAGGGAAGAUGGGGCCCUGAGAGAAGAAAAGAGUCAGAACGAUCAACCCACAGGCUGUGAAGAAAACAAGAUGGGAGACAUGGCCCAGGCUAAAACUGACGCCAAGAAAUACACCGUUUUAGAUCUCUUCAAGACCAGAAUCCUCAUUAAACACACAUCAGUCAUUUUCUGUUGCUGGUUUGUCAUGAAUGCAACGUACUUUGGUUUCAUCGUCUAUUCGACCAGCCUGGUCGGCAAUAAGUACCUCAACUUUUUCUUGUUGGCCCUCGUUGAGGCGCCGGUCUAUGGUAUCGAUUUCUUCAUUGUCAGAAGAUUUGGCCGGAAGAGGCCCGUCAUCAUAUUCUUCUUCACCGGAGCGGUGGCUUGUCUGCUAAUCGCCUUUCUUCCCGUAAAAACAGGCAGCGGAACGGAUUUAUCAGCGCUGAUCCUUGCCGUGGCAAUGAUCGGUAAAUUUUACUCCAACGCUGCCUUUGAAGUCACACUGCUGAUGAGUGCAGAGAUCUUCCCAACGGUGUUACGAAACAUUGCCACGGGUAGUUCAUCGACUAUCGGGAGGAGCAGUGCCAUUAUUGCACCGUUCAUUGUUUAUCUGCAAGAAGUCAAGAGCUACUUGCCCAUGCUUAUCUUUGGCUGCCUUUCGCUGGUAGCCUCUGGGUUGGUUAUAAUGCUCCCGGAAACCAAGAACAAACCUCUGCCGGAGACGUAUGAGGACGCCACCAAGUUGGUAAACAGCCGAGAACAAGAUACGAAACUAUAAGUGAUUCCCAAAUCACAUAUUCCUAAAGGCUUCCUAUGUUUGUCUUAGCUUAUUCCACUUAUCCCAGUAUUCCACAUGUUUUUACUGUUUGCAAGUCACAUUAGAGUAGGCCUAAAUUAGUCAUAAUAAUAAUAGUAAACCGUAUCAAGCUCAUUCCACACAAGGUCCCUAUGCGCUAUACAAGAGUCAUUAUUACCCCCGCUCAUUGGGCCAAUGAAAUAUUCCAAACUAUCUCAGCUUUCUGGGGAGUAUACAGCCGUAUAAUCUGCCACUUUGGCGCAGAGCAGCUAUCAUCACAAAUACCAGUGCCCUCACAGGUACCCAUUUACUCCUGGGUGGAGAGAAGCGACAAUGUUCCAAUUUGGUGCCAAGUCGGUAAUUGAUUUGCGUACGGUACCGGUUUACUGGCUCCACACACGCAAAGUAACGCUGCAAUGCGCGUAGUCUGAUUCCCAGACCAAAUGAUGCUGACUAUUGAAGAUCAAUAAUAACCGACUUGGAGAAUAUACGUUUUCAAUUUUGUACAUAUACACAACGUAUGGGAGUACAUGUAUUUGGAAUCGGUGAAGUCCGUUGAAAGCAAGUAGGGCCUAGGCAAAUUUCUCCCAGAGCAAAAUGCAGAUAAGAAGAAGAAGCAGCACGUAUCCAGAAAGCCCUUUUUCUCUCAUUAGUGAAUACAUUAUUUUGGGCGUCUCUGGCACAACGGAACGAUUUUGUCACAUUUUGGAAUUUGAUUACUCAGAAAUGCAUGAGUUGGGACAAGUGGAAAUUCAAGUUGCAUGCACGUGCAUAAUGAUUCACUCUGUAAACCGAUCCUUCUGUGAAUUGGGCGCCUAAAAUGGUGUAUAUGUAUAUUUUAUGGUCAGAAAAGGGUGGAAUGAUAAGGAUAAGAGAACUUGUUCAGGGGAAAUGGGUUUAGCACAUCCUAAUUUUUGUGUUAGUGCGGUUCAAGUUGGGUUGGACAAGAAAUAUCAAUUUGCACUACUUAUUGUAUUCGGCACGAUAAAGUUCCCCAUAAUAUAGCUAUAUUAUCCCUAACAAUCAUGAAUCCUCCAAUUUUAAUACGAUUUUGCACACCCCAUAGGGAGUUGGGGAUGUAACACGUGUAUAUGGUAAGCAAUAACGGACACGAACGAACGGUAUUCCCAACCGAACGAAAGUGACCCCAGUGUAGUUUAUGACGACCGCCAGACAAUGAAUGUUGACGAAUUUUGCCUGCAGUCCGAAUCAUGCCAAUUGUUCUUCUUAUAUAAGAUCGACUCCCAGAUCGUUAAUUUCCUGAUGUAUAAAAAGCACCGCAGCAUCUUUUCAAUCGCACGUACAACGCAUCCGUAGAUAAGUCAAUUAAAAAUGUAUUGCCAAGGUUACUUCCAGCAUGCACAAAGGUUUAUUUAGGCUGUAUUAAUAUGUCAACCGUUACCGUUUCAAUACUGUAAAUCGAUUUUAAUCCAUAACUCCUAUUGUCCAACUAUAUCAAAUAACUGUAACGCCGGAUAUAUUCCAGUCUUUGUCAACACUCAGUCCUUGAACUAUAAGUAUAAGACUUCACUCGAGAUGAACACAAGGUUUUAAUCUAUAAUUAUGUAGGCAUUAUUCUUUCGCUUGUGCAAAAUUAAACGAGCAAACGAAUACCAUAUUUGGUAUACUUUUGGGCGAACGUGUGGGGAAAUGAUUAUUGUAUAUAGAACCCUUAUAUUGAAGCAGUAUAU